AUGGAGCCGAACAUUGGAGAGAAACCACACUUUGGUGGGCAUUUACUGAUCAUUCUCAGUGAGCCCUACACCGACAACCAUAGAGAAAGGAUACUAGAGAAAGUAUCAAAAGGUUUUUUUUCUUGGGACGUAAACAGAGUGGGUUGUGACUUAACGUGUCUGAAAGAUGUUUUUAAUUCAGAUUCUAGCUCAGAACAAACAGAAGGCUUUUUAAUUCAGUAUUCAACAGAAGCUCUGGCAGUAGAAGUGCUCUUAAAUCCGAAAGUUAACAUAUUGAAACGAUGCAUAAAAAACGUUCUCUCCUCGGUGACUGCUCAUAAACACAUCAUUCAUGCCGGUUAUACUUUCACUGAAUCCGGAUCGUGGAUCCUUCAAGACGGAGUGUUUAGUUUCCAAGACUUCACUGAUGCCUUUAAUGAUCACGGUGUUCAGCAAGUACUUACAAAGAUUCCCGAGAGUUCUGUUCACGUUCAUUGUAUAGCUGAGGGAGACUGGAGUGAGAAAAAUAUUGCUGGAAUCACGGCCUGUGUUUAUCUCAAUCCCCCUGAAAUAAUGUCUUCCUUUCCUGACUGUCAUGAUCUUUUAGAAUAUUUGAAGCCUUUUUUGAUAAGCCAACCUUUGGAAGAAAUAAUGAAAGCUUCUGAUGUUGUGGGAAACAUUCGUUUCAGCAGACCAACUUUGUAUAUUUUUCCUGGAGGAGAUGGGAACUGUGCUUUAUUUGGUAUCAGAGGCUUUAAUAUAUUAAUUGAUGGUGGUUUUGAGAGGAAACCAAGUUUCUGGGAGUUUGUUCGGCAUAUUGACACACUUGAUGCUAUGAUGGUUACGAGGUUAAAUCAGACUAAUCUUAAUGGAAUUACUUCUUUGAUCAAGAGGAAGCAGAAGGAGCAAAUUUUCCCAAACAUUCGAUAUGUUUUCUGUAAUAUCAUGGAUGAACCCCAACUUUCUUCUGGUGAAUUUCCGAAAGUUAAAGAGGAUCUUCUCAUCAGUGUUUUUGAUGAAAUUUAUGAGUUAUUGAAUAAUCUAAAUAAGUUAAACCUAAAACCACAUCCUUGCUAUCGAGAAAAUGGUACCUGUCCUUUGACCUUGUAUCACAAAAUGGGUCACGGUACGCUGGAUAUGCAUGUUUUACACCCAUUGAAACACACUAAAGGAGUAAAAGAGUUUUUUGAGCAAUGGAGUUCGAAGAAGGAUAGCUUUACGGAUACUUCUCACGGUGAAAUUCCAGUCCCUUUAUCAGAUUUAGCAUCAAUAUGUGUUCUUCUAGUGUGGCGGCCUGCGAAUUCUAAAGAUUCUGUCACCAGAAUUUUAGUUACAGGAAAUACCCCACAAACACAAAUUUUUGAAGGUUUAGACAAAAUGCAAAAUCUAAAAAUUUUGCACAAUGUCGAUUGCUCUCAGACUGUAUUGCAGAAAACUGUUGUAGAUAAAUCUAAGCACACUAAGAAUGUUGAAAAACCAGUGGCUAAAGCUCCUUCGAAGCCUAAUGUCUCUUCGUCUUUUGCACAACAAAAGAAAAUAGCUCAAAAGACCCAUGUAGCAAUCGGCAAGAAGGAUGGCAUUAAUAUGAGCAAAGCCAUGCCAGAGAAGAGCCCGAUUUGCACCGAUAAGGUUUCAGCAAAGAAAAAUACUGAAUCGAAAAAACUGGAUACAAAAUUCAAUGGAAAAACGCUUGAAGGAAAAGGGGAUACUCUGGAAAAAACUGGAAGGCCUUUCAAUAAAGUGGAAAUAGCACGACGUUCAGACAAAUGCUAA